AUGUCUCAUCACUCCAUCCUCGCCUCUUCUGGACACAAGCACUUCAGCUCCUGUUCUGUUGCUUUACCUAAACACUCCAGCUCGCACAGCAUCUUAUCCCAUUCUUCUAAGCACACAGGACAUGGACACAAGAAACAACAUUGCUUUAGCAGCACAAGUGCCCAUAGCCUUGGAUCCAAGGGCCAUAAGAUCUCAUUCGGAAGUUUUCAUAAAAGUGGACAUGGAUCUGGAGGAAUUGGUGGUGGAUUUGGAGGACAGUCUGGAUGUGGAGGUAUCACUCCUGUGACUAUAAAUGAAGGCCUACUGGCUCCUCUUAACUUAGAGAUAGACACCAACAUCCAAAGAGUGAGAAAUGACGAGAAAAACCAAAUUAAAGGUCUCAACAACAAGUUUGCUUCAUUUAUUGACAAGGUGAGAUUUCUGGAACAGCAGAAUAAGAUGCUGGAGACCAAAUUGGGUCUUCUACAAGAACAGAGAACAGCCAGUGGUCAGAUUGAGCCUUUGUUUGAGGCUUUUAUCAGUAACCUUAGGAGACAACUGGAGAACCUGGAAUGUGAGAGGGGUCGUCUAGAUUCAGAGAGAACCAACAUGGAAGGAACUGCUGAAGACCUUAGAAGAAGCUAUGAAGAAGAGAUAAACAGGCGUACAGCAGCAGAGAAUGAAUUUGUCAGCAUAAAGAGAGAUGUUGAUGCUGCCUUCAUGAAUAAAGCUGAACUUCAGGCCAAAGCAGAUUCCCUCACAGAUGAGAUCAACUUCCUAAGGACUUUAUAUGAUGCUGAGAUCAGUCAGCUCCAGGCUCAGAUCUCAGACACUUCAGUAGUUGUGUCUAUGGACAACAGCCGAGACCUGGACCUGGACAGUAUCAUCUCUGAGGUCAGAGCUCAGUAUGAAGACAUUGCUAACAGAAGCAGAGCUGAGGCUGAGGCCAUGUACCAGUCAAGGUUUGAUGAGCUGCGUAUGGCAGCCGGAAGAAAUGGAAGUGAUCUACAAAACAGCAGAGAUGAGAUCUCUAGACUCAACCAAACAGUCCAGAGACUUAAAGGAGAAAUUGAGUGUGCUAAAUCCCAGCGUGCUGCACUGGAAAAUGCCAUCAAUGAAGCUGAGGAACGUGGAGAAGCUGCUGUCCGAGAUGCCAAGAGUAAAUUGGCUGAACUAGAAGCUUCUCUACAGAGGGCCAAGCAGGACAUGGCCCGCCAGAUGAGGGAAUACCAGGAGCUGAUGAAUGUCAAACUGGCUCUGGAUAUUGAGAUUGCCACCUAUAAGAAGAUGCUGGAGGGAGAGGAAUGCAGGAUCGGAGGUAACAGCUCUGUGAAUAUAUCUGUUCUACAUUCAAGCACUGGAGGCAAACACCAUUCAGGAGGCCACCAGGGUGGACAUCACCAUUCUCAUCACCACCAUAAAGGGGGACAUAUAUCCAGCAGCCAUGUCUCCAGCAAACACCAGUCUGGCCACAGCCACCAUUGCUGAAGUGAAAUGCUAGACAACAGACCAAACACCAA